CCGACGCCGCGUCCCGCCGCCCGCCCGCGCGUCGUCAUCCCGGCGCGGCAUCACUCAGGCACCGCCAUCCCUCGCGCUGCUGAGGCCUCGGCGGGAGCAGCACCGGGAGCAGCUGCCGCCGCGUUUCCCGACGACCGGGACGGUGCCGGUGCGAUGAAGGAGGACCGCCAGCAUCCCGUCGACCUGGGUUACGCCAUCACCAAGCCCGACAUCCUGGCCGAGGUGGAGCGAGGGGACGAGGGGGUGGCGGCGGCAGCGGGGCGCUACGGGGAGCGCCAGAGCCCCCGGCCACCCGCGGCACCGGCCGGUCCCUCCCAGGGUGAGCGGGACACGGGGACGGGCGGGAUCGCGGCCAGGUGGCACCGGGAGAACGAGUCGGGCACCGGCCCGGAUCCUGCCGAGCCGGGGGCUUGGGCCGCUCCCCAACGCGCUCCCGUGUCCGCAGGGGACUGGCAGGGCAAGGAGGUGAAGAGCGAGGACGGGGUGUCCCCACCGCCCCGCUCGCCCCCGUCCCUCCAUGCUGGCCCCGCCGACUUCCUCGUCCCGCUGCGGGAGCGGGGCUGCAGCUACUGCGGCGUCCUCGAGCCGGAGCCGAACCCCGGUGCCGGUAACGGGGGGUUCAUCGCCGCACCGCCCGCCUUCGAGAGCCGCCGCUGCCGGCCCGGGGAGCCGCCGCUGGAUUGUGCCGAGUGCGGCCGAGGCGGCGUCGGGCACAAACCGGACCUGGUGCGGCACCGGCUGGGGCGCGGCGCGGAGCUCGGCUACGCCUGCGGCCGCUGCGGAACAGGCCUCGCCGAACCGGCGGGGCUGGGGGCCACGGGCAGCACCCACCGGCCGGGGCCUUGCACCGGGCGCUCCCCGGGCACGGCGGAGGGAGGCACGGCGGCGGCGCCGCGGAAGGAGCGGAAGGAGCUGUCGCUGACCGAGAAGGUGCGCGUGCUGGAGAUGCUGGAGGGCCCCAAGGUGUCGCAGAGCGAGCUGGCCAAGCGCUUCGGGGUGUCGCAGCCCCAGAUCUGCCGCAUCAUCAAGAACAAGGAGCGCAUCCUGAGCGAGUGGCACCGCAACGGCGACCCCGAGCGCAAGCGCAAGCGGGAGGGGAAGGACGCGGCGCUGGAGGCCGCGCUGCUGCGCUGGGUGCAGGGCGCCCACGCCGCCGAGCUGCCCGUGGGCCGCCCGCUGCUGCAGCUCCGGGCCCGGCACCCGGCCCGGCCCGAGCCCAGCGGCGGCUGGCUGGCUCGCCUGGGCGCUCGCCACGGCAAGAAGCCGCCGGCGGAGAAAGCGGACGCGGAGCAGCCCACGGCGGAGCACUGGGCCGGCGCGGUGCUGCCCGGGCUCCUCCGCAGCUACGCGCCCGCCGAGAUCUUCGCCUGCGGGGAGACCGCGGUGCCGCUGCCGGCCGGCGCCCCCGGUAACGGCGAGAGCCCCGGCGAGCGGCUGACGCUGCUGCUGUGCGCCAACGCCAGCGGCUCGGAGAAGCUGCCGCUGCGGGCGGUGGGGGACAGCCCCCGGCCGCGCUGCCUGCGGGGCGUCAACCUGGAGCAGAUGCCGUGGAGCUACCGCGCCGGCGGCCCGGCCGGGCUCAGCGCGCCGCUCUUCGCCGAGUGGCUGCGGGAGUUCAACGAGGGCAUGCGGCGGCGGGACAAGAGCGUCCUGCUCCUGCUGGCCAAGCACGAGGCGCACCCCUACCUCCAGCUGUCCAACGUCAGGAUGGUUUUCAUCCCGCCGGCCGCCGCCCUGGCCCAGCCGCUGGACCGCGGCAUCGCCGGCGACCUCAAGGGCCACUACCGGCGCCGUUUGCUGCGCUGGCUGCCGGCGGAGCGCGGCGCGGGCCAGCCCAGCCUGCUGGACGUGCUGCACAUGCUGGCGCAAGCCUGGGGCGACGUCCACCCGGGGCUCAUCGCCGGCUGCUUCCGCGCCGCCGGCUUCACCCCCGACGCCGGCACCGAGGCCGUGUCCCUGAGCUCGGCCCCCGGUCUGCUCGGCAGGGAGCGGCCGGAGCGCGACGGGGACGCGGCGGAGGCGGACGGGGACGAGGGCACGGCGGAGGGCGAGGACGCGGGCGAGCUGGCGGCCGUGCCGCCCUGCCCCUCGGAGCGGGAGGUCUGGAGGAGCCUGGCCACGCUGCGGCGGUACCUGGAGUGCCAGGCCACCUCGCCGGACCUCUUCCAGGCCUUCUACGAGCUGGAGGACGCGGUGCACAUGGUGUCAGCCGGCGCAGGGCGAGCCUUCCUCGGGGACAGCCCUCCCCAGCAGUGACCGGGCAGAGGGGCCGGUGCUCCUUGGGGCUGUCACCGCCCGGCCCGGCCGCUGUUCCCCGCAGCUGAGCCGUGGGGUUUGCAGUGGCAGCGCUGGGGACACGAAGCUGCUGCCAGAACCUUCUCCCAGGGAGUGGCUGCUGCAGCCAGCUGGAAACGGUGUGGAACUGCUGCCAGCGGGGAUUUGCCCCGAGUGGGGCGGUUGUGGCUGCCGUGGGGGGAUGUGGGCGGUGCUGGGGUGUCCCCGUGCUGGGGACAGCAGCUCCAUCCCACACGGGAAUCGGGUGCCUCCGGCUGCUGUCACCACGUGGUGCCUGGAGGAUUGUCACAGGCAUUAAAAAG